AUGAAAGAAGGAGUGAAGGAAGGCUUCACCAAUUUCACAGUUGUCAGGGAGUGUUCUAAGACUAAUGGGCGUCUAUCGCAGUUUGAGUUGUCUAAUAAGGUUGAUAUGCCUACUUUUAUGCCAGUAGCCACGUACGGGGCAAUGAGGAGUGUCCCAGUGGAUCAACUUGAUAACCAAAUCAUCCUCUGCAACACGUACCACCUGAGAGACCUCAAUAGAAACAUCAAGGAGUUCAUGGGGUGGAAACAGGCUAUUUUGACUGAUUCAGGUGGAUUUCAGAUUCAGUCACUGCCCUGUGAAAUUGUGGAUGAAGGAAUCAGAUUCACGGAAACAAGGGCUCUAUUUACGCCUGAGGACUCCAUGCAAAUCCAACGCAUUCUGGGACCUGACAUCAUAAUGCAGCUUGAUGACGUAGUGAAUCCAAUGAAACCAAAAGAAAGACACGCUAUUGCAGUCAGAAGAAGCAUUGAAUGGCUUGAUAGGGCCAUAGAUGAAUUGGAUAAAGAGAAGGAAGAAGGCAGGGAGAAAGAGACCAUUAGCGACUUCAGUGAAUCAACAAGCUUCAUUAGCACAGUUGUAACAGAAACAUCGUCAUCUUCUGAGAAUCAAAAGAGGCACAGGAAGCAUAGAGACAUAAGGGCACUCUCCCACAAAAUAGGUCAAAUUCUAUUUCCAAUUGUUCAAGGUGGAUUGAACAAGGAUCUCAGAAGCCAUUCGAUUUCAGAAAUAUUGCAACGAAACCCAGUUGGAGUUGCAAUAGGCGGAAUGUGUGGUGGAGAGGACAAGAUGGCAUUUGCAGAGAUAGUGGAAUACACCGUAGGAGAAUUAAGGCGAAAUGGAUUCAGUGGCCCAGUUUACGUAAUGGGCGUAGGGUAUCCAGAUGACGUGGUGGUUUGCAGUGCAUUGGGAACAGACACAAGCGACUGCGUCUAUCCAACACGAAUGGGCCGCUGUGGCCGCCUCUUCAGUGACACGGGUGACAUCGAAAUAACCAAUGCUGGUCUCAGAAGACACCUUCAGAAACACGACCUUUUUGAUCCAAUUUCGGUAGACACCAAGUGCACCUGUAAAAUGUGCACCUACUCGUUCCACUACCUGCUGAAGAUCAAGAACACCCCGAACUUCUGCAACCUUGGAUCAGUUCACAACCUGAGAUACAUGGCUGGGCUGAUGGAGCGAAUCAGAGACGCCUUGGCCUGUGAUAAAUUUGAUCAAUUUGUGGUGGAAUAUUUCAGGGUGAAAUACGAGAAAAAGGCGCCUGGGUGGAUCAAGGCAGUUUUCAGGCAGAAAUUCAAAAUAGAAAUCUAG